AUGCUUCUGCAGCGGUCCAGCGACCAGUAUACCUUCUGUGCGCGGGUGCCCAAGGGUCUCUGCGCUGAGAUGGUCACCGUCUACGUCAAGCGCGGCUGCAGGUUGGCCGUCGUGGCAGACGCAUGGCACCUCGAACACGACGCUCAUUACAAGUGGGAGAUCGCCUUCACGCCCGAGGACGUGAAUCUGAGAGCGGCGCACGUUGUGCUGGAUGUGAGCGGCAACCUCACCCUGACUGUCCCGCGUCGGGCAUAUGCUUCUGAGAGCUGUGCUCUCCCUAUGUUUCUGUAA